GUCUGUCUGGUGAUCAGGGCAGUGGGACACCGGCCGGAGUUUUGGCAGCUGUCCGCCGCUGCACAGGAACCGGCGCAAACCUAACGAAGGCGGGGUUAAAGAAAAAACAAGGAAUUUCCUGGUGAGCUACGACAACACAGGAAGAUGAACGUGGGCGUAGCUCACAGCGAGGUUAACCCCAACACGAGGGUGAUGAACAGCAGAGGAAUAUGGCUCACAUACCUUCUGCUGACCGUCGUGUUGCACAUCGUCCUGCUCAGCAUCCCGUUCUUCACUGUGCCGCUCGUCUGGACUCUUACCAAUGUCAUCCACAACCUGGUGAUGUACCUGUUUCUACACACAGUGAAGGGAACUCCCUUUGAGACACCAGACCAAGGCAAAGCUCGUCUGCUCACGCACUGGGAACAGAUGGACUACGGUGUCCAGUUCACAUCGUCGCGUAAAUUCCUAACUAUCUCACCAAUUGUUCUGUAUAUUCUUGCCAGUUUCUACACAAAAUAUGACCGCAUACAUUUCCUGAUCAACACGGGAUCCCUCCUGAGUGUCCUCCUCCCUAAGCUGCCUCAGUUUCACGGAGUACGGAUAUUUGGGAUCAACAAAUACUGACAGAGUGACCACUGGAUUUCAACCACCAACACUGGACUUGUAGUUUUCUGUUUCUGCUGAACACUGUUGAUGCUUAGAGGUUGAGGAGAAGAGAACCAGUUCGACUUGUCUUAACUGUACAGACUGUGUGGAGUAAUAUAUGAAAUUUGCAGUUUGUGCUGCCGCUUGCAUCCUGGUGAGAAAUGUAACUGCACUACUGCUGUUUCAUGAAAGUCAUUUUGUUUCCUCUCUGACAUUCCUGAUGUAUGCCUAUCGAAAGCCAUACACGUUGCUUUCGGCUCCAAGAAAGAGUGAAUUUGAACAGCACUGCUUCCAACCGUAAUGUUUAUUCAUUAUGUUUAAAAUAUCACCGCCCUGCGUCUCUGAGGUAGCCCUCCUGUUCCCGACUGAACUGGCUGCACGUCUGUUAAACUGUCCGUCUGUUGCCAGAAUUAUGAUUGAAUUCCUCACGAAUUCAUUUUGGCAGUUUGGUUCAUGUUUUAAUAAUUCUUGCAUGAGUUUCCACUUUCUUUCAUGCUUUUUUCUUGAGUUACUAUGAAGGAUUCACAUGCAGCAAACAUUUACACACCUGCAGUCUUUGUUUUACUAUGAUACACAAAAUGAUGUAAUUUGGUGUUUGCCUUAAACGCUGGAUCUCCUUUUCUGCUUAUAAAAUGAGCAGUGAGAGCUA